AUGGCUGGACCCGCCACCUCACGCUUCCGUGGACUAUGCCGUGAAUGCCGCGUGGUACUGACGCUCUUGGGAGCCUUUGAUGCAAAAGAGGAGUCUCGGGUGCUUUCCUCACAUGGCCGAGACCUUGCAAGGCUGCCGCUUCAUCCCCGAUUAGCACACCUCGCUCUGAAGGCAUCCACGCUAGAGGAUGAUGGGCCCUCAAAUGCAGACACAACGGUUGCAGAGCUAUGCGCGCUGCUCGAACAGGAGAGAGACGUAUUGCAGCUUCAGGAGGGCAAUGCCAAAGUCAGCGCUGCGCCUCGCUGUGCCGACGCUCGCACCAGGUUGCUAGCCCUCAAGACGAGGGCGCUGCCUGCAUGCUACAGAAACAUUCGACCACUUCCAGGACAGUGCAAGCAAGUACUGCAGAGCGCUGCGCGGCUGCAGAGGGAGCUCCCGUCAGCCGCGAAAGCAGUGCGUAUCAAGAAUCCUGGGCCCUUCCUUGCCCUGGCCUAUCCGGAAAGGGUGGCAAGGCGGGCAAAGAAUAAUCGCUUCCUUCUUCGUGAUGGAACGUCUUGCAUUGUGAAGGACCCCAUGCUGCAGGGCGAGGAGUUUCUUGCCGUGGGACGCAUGUUCAGAACGAAUGUGGUGACCUUGGCGGCUCCACUUACUGCUGCUGAGGCUGCCGUGUACGUGCUGGGAGAUGCGCUGAGAUGA